GCGGGCCCUUCUGGGAAGCCGUUCUCGCUCUCGCUGACGCGUCCGCCGACGACCUGGCCGACUGCCCGGCCGCGAUCGAGGGGUGCCUUAAAGCCAUCGUACGCCUCGUGAUGUACGCGCUUGGAUCUGCCAUCCUGGACGGCCCCAGCAGACGGGAGGCCGUCACCCCCCAUGGCUGGGAUGCGGCCGACCCGGACGACCGCGUCUUCCGG